AGGGGCAUCGGCGCAUGCGCAGUGGUUGAGGUCCAGUUGCUUUCCCGUUGCUGUUGUUUGUGCGGGAAACGGAUAAAGUUUCUUCAUUUGAAGAAGAAGAAGAAGAAAAAAAAAGAAAAGUCAGUCGGCGACGCUGCGCUGCCUUGGGCCGCUGCGCUGUGCGCGGAGUGGGCGAGGCGGCGGCGGCUCCUCUCAGAGGGGAGCCGCGCUGUGUGCUGUUCCCCCCUUCCCACUCCUCACUGGGGCUGCCUCCGGACCUGCCCUGGACUCCAGCUCCAUCUACAAGAGAACUAAACCAUGAAAGUCAAACUGUUUUAAAAACAUUGUGCUUCAUCUUCAUUGUCCAGACACACCAUUUUAGUUGUAAUGUUCAGGCUCAGAAAUGCCUUAUGUGGAUCGUCAGAAUCGCAUUUGUGGUUUCCUAGACAUUGAAGAAAAUGAGAACAGUGGGAAGUUUCUGCGGAGGUACUUUAUCCUGGACACUAGGGAAGACAAUUUGGUAUGGUACAUGGAUAAUCCACAGAACCUUCCCUCUGGCUCUCCACCUGUUGGAGCUAUUAAACUUACCUACAUUUCAAAGGUUAGCGAUGCAACUAAGCUAAGGCCAAAGGCAGAAUUCUGUUUUGUUAUGAAUGCGGGGAUGAGAAAGUAUUUUCUACAAGCCAAUGAUCAGCAAGACCUAGUAGAAUGGGUAAAUGUUCUGAACAAAGCUAUCAAAAUCACAGUACCAAAGCAGUCUGAUCUGCUAUGUCAACCUGAUAGCUCAAAUCGCCAAGUUGAAAAUCCGGGUGGAAAGAAACAAGUGUCUUACAGAACAGAAAUUGUUGGUGGUGUUCCCAUCAUUACACCUACUCAGAAAGAAGAAUUAAAUGAAUGUGGGGAAGAAGAUGACAGAAAUUACUUGAAACGGUCACAAAGCCACCUUCCUUACUUUACUGCUAAACCUCCCCCAGACAAUGCUGUUAUCAAAGCUGGCUAUUGUGUUAAACAAGGCGCUGUGAUGAAGAACUGGAAGAGAAGAUACUUUCAGUUAGAUGAAAACACAAUCGGCUAUUUCAAAUCUGAACAGGAAAAGGAACCUCUCCGGAUCAUACCUCUUAAAGAGGUCCAUAAAGUUCAGGAAUGUAAACAAAGUGAUAUAAUGAUGAGAGACAAUCUCUUUGAAAUUGUAACAACUUCUCGAACCUUUUAUGUACAGGCAGACAGCCCGGAGGACAUGCACAGCUGGAUAAAAGCGAUCUCUGGGGCCAUAGUGGCACAACGGGGACCGGGAAGAUCAGCAGCUUCUGAGCAUUCCAGCUUUUCUUCAGAAUCCAGCUAUGCUUUCUGUUUUGCCAACACCGCAGCCACCUCACAUUCCACAGCCUCUCACAACAACGCUCUGGUCUCAAACCUUAACGCCAAACGCCUUGCCUUGGAGAAGCGAGGAUUUCACGAAUCUUUUACCAAGGCCAAGCCAGGGAACUUCAAGGUCCAGGCUGUCCCUCCAAGAGAACCAGCUUCCAAAGUGACUGUACAGAGCCUAUUGGAACCUCAAAGUAAAAAUGGCACUCAGGAACAGGAUCCUGGCCCAGUGGAUCUGGAUGAUGCAAGCCUUCCAGUCAGUGACGUGUAAUAAUGGAAGUGUUUGGAGAAUGAUCCAUCUGUUUGGUCCUCUGAUUUCCUUGGUCAGACUUGUAGCCAAAGAAGAUUUUAGGAAGAAAGAACAAAGAGAAUGGAACACUGAUUUUAUGUAUGUGUGUAUAAACAUAGGUAUGUGUAUACACAGGUACAUGCAUAUAUAAUUAUAUAUAUUAAAUAAUUAUAUACUGCCUUCAAAUUAGGGUCAGAAAUGGACCUUCUGCUUUUUUCUCACAGCCUGAUAAUAAAUCACUUUCUAAUAGGAAGGGGCCAAACUACAUGGUUAAGAUAUGUACUGCUGUCAGUAAAUAAGGUACCAGCAACUCUUUAUCCUCAAUUUGGCAAACCUAAAAUUACAUUCAAUAUUUUAAUGCUAUACUAUAGAAAAUGUAAUGCCUACAAAUGUGAUUAUUUAAUUUCAUUAUAAACCAGAUUAAGACUUUAUGCAUAUGUGAGAAUUAUUUCUCUCCUCUUUUGAAAAUGUUAUGACUUUUUCAGAUACUGGGAUAUGCACAAAAAGUCUCUUGUGUUCCUAUCAGAUCAAUAUUGUUAACUGAAAUAUUACCAGACUAAGAAUUCUAAGCUCUUAGAAUUCUAAGUAUAUGGUGCUGUAAAAUUCACAUUAGAAUAAUAAUGCUAUUUUGAACAUUAAGCCUAUUUUUGAUGCUCUCCUAAAGAUGAAUUGUAAUUUUUUUGCACAUUUGAUUUUAAUGGACCACCUACAAUGGUGUUUUGGAUGGGGGGUGGGAAAUCAGACUACUACAUCUUACGCCUUUGAAGUAAACCAGUUUUAUAUUGCAUUACAUUAAGCUUUGCUGCAAUUACUUUGUAUUAAGUGUCUAAACAUAUACUGUUUAGGAUUACUUUUUUGAGAGAUUUUUUUCUUAUCAGUACUUUGUGAACAGUUCUUGUUUCUAUAUUUGGAUCAGUGAAAGACCUCAUUUAUUUAGUUUGAUGUCAAAACUGGUACUGAACUGUUUAUAGUCAUGCAAUUGUGGCCUGUAAUUUUGGUGCACUAAUAAUCUAUUAAAGUGCCUGUGUUUUUUCUCAUCUUGUUAAACAUUUUGAGACUCUAUGUGUACACGGACCUUAUUUACAUGGUUUUGAACCUUGGGGUGAAAUUAUUUUGAGUAAUGUAGUUCAAAACAAUUAUUUAAAAUAGAAAAUCUUAUGCUAGGGAUACCAGCAUGCUGGUAUUGCAUCUACUAGCUGUGCAAUAUGUGAUUUUUAUAAAACUGAAUAUUUGUUACAUGUGUGCAUUGUUAUGGGUUCAGUGAUGCAAACAAAAGAUAUAAGAACUUUUACAUUUCAAAUAUUUGAUUAGCUUGAGCACGUACUGGUUUCAUUGUUAGGUUUUAAAAAUGUUUGCUGUAACCAAAAAAAAAAAAACCAACCAACCCCACAAAUUCCAUAUGCUGCUGCUUAUUGUGAUUCACAUCUCCCACUGUUGCAAUACUGUUAGUCUUCUGGAACUUAACAAGUACAUAUCAGAAAAGUCCAUCUUUGCUCCAGCUUCCAAACUGACUUCUGACCUGAGAGAGAGAGGGUUUUUCCACAGUAACUUGUUGAUCCGAGGAUAGAGUAAUUGGUGUAAUGUGAGAAUUAAAUAUUAUCUAGUUUCAAAGCCAUUACGUCAGCAUCUUCAACUUGUUAAUCCAUAAACUAACCACUGUUUUUAGGCAAUAGUAUUUGGAAAUUACACUUUUUCAUUUUACUCUUCAACAUCACGUGAAAGCUAGUGCAGGGUUGAAAUUAUUGUGGCAGUCUAAACAAGUAGUGUAGUUUUUAACUUGUACCAAAAUAAGACAACAGUACUUUGAAAGCUUAUUUUUCACAAGUACGCACUGUGUGGGAGACACUUUGAAUUGAAAUAUUUUUACUAUCGUUCUCACAUUUAAAAUCACUUGCUCUGGUACAGCUUUGGCACUGCAUGUUCAUUUUACUAUAUUUUGGUAUUGGCAGUUUUAUGUAUUAGGUGGAGGUAAAGCAGCUCCAUUAUGGGACUUAUUAAAAUUAGAACUACUCUUGUGGUUCAGUAGCAUAGGAAAAUAUAUUUGUGGUUGGUAAUUGUCAGGGUCUCCUAUUUAUCAGUACUUUUAUAAAUCUAUAAAAAUUGUUAAAUUAUUUUAGAACCAGUGCUAUUUCCUGUAUAUAUGUCACAUUUAAAUUGUCAAUAAAUGAGUUUGGAUAACUUAAAAGAA